AGGUACCUACUACACCAUUUCUUUGGUGAAGGCUGUUCUGCAGUGGUGACUUCUUCCAAUCAACUGCUUCACAAAUUAUUAUCUCUGGACUCCCAGCUGACACCCUGCCAGAGGCUAGAGCUACUGAGACAACUGGAAUUGUGCCCAUUCUGAUCAAGGUUUUUUCUUUCACAAGAUAAAAAAAAAGAUGAAGUUGGGCAAAGUGGAAUUCUGCCAUUUUCUGCAGAUACUAGCUCUUUUCCUGUGUCUUUCUGGGAUGAAUCAAGCAGAGUUCUCAAGGUCCAGGUCAAAGCCCUACUUUCAAUCAGGGAGGACAAGAAUCAAACGCAGCUGGGUGUGGAAUCAAUUCUUUGUGCUGGAAGAAUACAUGGGUACAGACCCACUCUAUGUAGGAAAGCUUCACUCUGAUGUUGAUAAAGGAGAUGGUUCCAUCAAAUACAUCUUGUCAGGCGAAGGGGCAAGUUCCAUUUUCAUUAUUGAUGAGAACACGGGGGAUAUUCAUGCUACAAAAAGGCUGGAUCGAGAAGAGCAGGCCUACUACACUCUCCGAGCACAAGCACUAGAUAGGUUGACUAAUAAACCCGUGGAACCAGAAUCUGAGUUCGUCAUUAAGAUUCAGGACAUCAAUGACAAUGAGCCUAAAUUUCUGGAUGGUCCUUACACUGCUGGAGUUCCUGAGAUGUCUCCUGUGGGUACCUCUGUGGUUCAAGUGACAGCCACUGACGCAGAUGAUCCUACUUAUGGCAACAGUGCUCGAGUGGUUUACAGCAUAUUGCAAGGACAACCUUACUUUUCUGUGGAGCCGAAAACAGGUGUUAUCAAGACUGCCCUUCCAAAUAUGGAUAGAGAAGCCAAGGACCAAUACCUACUAGUUAUUCAAGCAAAGGACAUGGUUGGACAAAAUGGUGGAUUAUCAGGGACUACAUCUGUAACUGUCACCCUGACUGAUGUUAAUGACAACCCACCUCGCUUUCCACGGCGAUCAUACCAGUAUAAUGUCCCAGAGUCUUUGCCAGUGGCUUCUGUGGUGGCCAGAAUAAAAGCUGCAGAUGCAGAUGUGGGACCUAAUGCUGAAAUGGAGUACAAGAUUGUGGAUGGUGAUGGUUUGGGAGUAUUUAAAAUUUCUGUUGACAAAGACACCCAGGAGGGAAUCAUAACAAUUCAGAAGGAGCUGGAUUUUGAAGCUAAGACAAGCUAUACGCUGAGGAUAGAAGCAGCAAAUAUGCAUGUCGACCCUCGCUUCCUGAGUCUGGGACCCUUCAGUGAUAUGACGACAGUGAAGAUAAUUGUAGAAGAUGUUGAUGAGCCACCUGUGUUUACAUCACGUUUGUACUCCAUGGUUGUGUCUGAAGCAGCAAAGGUGGGCACUAUCAUUGGAACUGUAGCGGCCCAUGAUCCAGAUGCCUCAAAUAGCCCUGUGAGGUACUCGAUAGAUCGAAACACAGACCUGGAGAGGUAUUUCAAUAUUGAUGCCAACAGUGGAGUCAUUACAACUGCCAAAUCUUUGGACAGAGAAACUAAUGCUGUUCAUAAUAUCACAGUUUUGGCUAUGGAGAGUCAGAAUCCAGCACAAAUUGGGAGAGGCUAUGUAGCCAUAACUAUCCUUGACAUCAAUGACAACGCCCCUGAGUUUGCAAUGGAGUAUGAGACAACCGUCUGUGAAAAUGCUCAAGCUGGUCAGGUGAUCCAGAAAAUCAGUGCCAUUGAUAAAGAUGAUCCACCAAAUGGCCAUCAGUUCUACUUCAGUUUAACAACAGAAGCAGCAAAUAACCACAAUUUUACACUGCAAGACAACAAAGAUAAUACUGCAACAGUAUUAACCAGACGAAAUGGGUUUCGAAGACAGGAACAGUCUGUUUUCUACUUGCCAAUAUUCAUUGUGGACAGUGGAUCACCUUCACUUAGUAGCACUAAUACCCUCACCAUCAGAGUCUGUGAUUGUGAUGCAGAUGGUAUUGCUCAGUCAUGCAAUGCAGAAGCAUAUAUCUUGCCUGCAGGACUUAGCACUGGAGCCCUGAUUGCAAUAUUGGCUUGUGUCUUGACACUGCUAGUUCUUGUCUUGCUGAUUGUCACCAUGAGGCGACGGAAAAAGGAGCCCCUCAUUUUUGAUGAAGAGAGAGAUAUCAGAGAGAACAUUGUCAGGUAUGAUGAUGAGGGUGGAGGAGAAGAAGACACUGAGGCUUUUGACAUGGCUGCCUUGAGAAACCUCAACAUCAUCCGAGACACCAAGACCAGAAGGGAUGUGACACCCGAGAUUCAGUUCUUGAGCAGACCAACUUUUAAAAGCAUCCCAGAUAAUGUCAUUUUUAGGGAAUUUAUCUGGGAAAGACUAAAAGAAGCUGACAUGGACCCCUGUGCGCCACCUUACGACUCCCUGCAGACAUAUGCAUUUGAGGGAAAUGGCUCGGUGGCAGAGUCUCUCAGUUCUUUAGAUUCGAUCAGCUCAAACUCUGACCAGAAUUACGAUUACCUCAGUGACUGGGGCCCUCGCUUUAAAAGGCUUGCGGAUAUGUAUGGGACUGGACCAGAAUGCUUAUACUCAUAGCCUUGGACUUUUUCUCUGAAAAUGCACUGAAGAAUAAUAAAACAGAAAACUUAACCUUACAGAC